UUUAUGUUGUUUAUGACCUUUACAAACCAUUCAUUCACGAUUGAAUCGCCACGGGGUCGAGUUUGGGUUGUUUCGUCCCUGGCCUGAAAUUUCUCCCGUAUAUCUAACCUCAAACCUUGCUAAACGUCCCCGUCCCAUGAAAAAAAGCGUCUGUACAUGUCCCGGGGUUUCGGGACACGGAAAAGCGUUGAAAAAAGAGCGACGAGGAGCGAGUUAGGAAGAGAGAUAAAGACACAAAAAAGUGAAGGGAAGAGAGCUGGCGAGGAGAAUCGCGCGAGGAGGUGCAUUGAGAAGGGGGCGCGAGCGACAAGGCCGAGUUUUCUGGGUGUACCGUGGUCACGGAAAUCGUGUGUGGCAGUCAGAGCGCAACAGCGCCUUCACGGGACUAUCGUAGUCGUUAUUUUUACAGUUUAACGUCGGAAUCCGUUGGGUUUUUAUCAGAAAAAAAGUUAACUCCCGUUUUUUACGCUCCCAGGCGAGAUUGCCGCCUUCUAUUUUUUCACCACCGACGAGAUUCCGUCCCGACGUCAAUUUCUCACGUUUUCUUUUAACUUUGUGAUUCAUAUUUACGUGCGUUAUUAGUCAGUGAACGAAAAGGAUUUAUUGUGGAUACGAAGGAAUUUCAGUGUUUUUUAUUUGUUGUUUUUUUCAGUCUUGUACAAAAACCAAUACAAAAAUGUUUACGUGGUUAUCACGAGAGGAUAAGGACAAGCAAGAUCUGUUUGACACAGUAUCGGAUGGCUUGAUAAAGAUAUACAAAACAAAGCUCUUGCCACUGGAACAGCAUUACCAAUUCCAUGACUUCCAUUCUCCGCAACUGGAUGAUGCCGAUUUUGCUGCAAAACCAAUGAUAUUACUGGUUGGUCAAUAUUCCACGGGAAAGACAACUUUUAUAAAGUAUGUUCUGGAGAGAGAUUUCCCUGGAAUAAGAAUCGGCCCGGAGCCAACGACAGAUCGAUUCAUAGCCGUUAUGUACGACCAAAAGGAGGGUGUUAUUCCUGGAAAUGCUCUGGUUGUUGAUCCUGCAAAACAAUUCAGGCCUCUUUCUAAAUUCGGCAAUGCUUUUUUGAAUCGACUUCAAUGCUCUUUGGUAGCUUCUCCAGUCCUUAAAGGGAUCUCUAUCGUAGACACGCCUGGAAUUUUGUCCGGUGAAAAGCAACGGGUCGACAGAGGAUAUGAUUUCGCUGGAGUUCUCGAAUGGUUUGCAGAAAGAGUAGACAGGAUAAUAUUGUUGUUCGACGCUCACAAACUCGAUAUUUCAGACGAGUUUAAAAGAUCUAUCGAAGCGCUUCGCGGUCACGACGAUAAAAUACGAAUAGUGUUGAACAAAGCGGACAUGAUUGAUCAUCAACAAUUGAUGAGGGUUUACGGUGCACUUAUGUGGUCACUCGGUAAAGUUUUGCAAACACCGGAAGUCGCGAGAGUUUACAUAGGAUCUUUUUGGGAUCAGCCUUUGAGGUAUGACGUCAAUCGUCGUCUUUUCGAAGCUGAAGAGCAGGAUUUAUUCAAAGAUAUGCAGUCUUUGCCGAAAAAUGCGACUGUCAGGAAACUCAACGAUUUAAUCAAACGCGCGAGAUUGGCAAAGGUCCAUGCGUACAUCAUAAGUGCCCUGAGGAAGGACAUGCCUGCAGUGUUCGGCAAAGAGGCAAAGAAAAAGGAGCUCAUUAAAAAUUUGGGCCAAAUAUACGACCAAAUACAACGAGAGCAGCAAAUAUCGCCCGGCGAUUUCCCCGAUCUGAAGAAAAUGCAGGAGAAUCUUGCCAACCAUGAUUUCACUAAAUUCAACGUUCUCAAACCGAGACUUUUGGAAGUCGUUGACAAAAUGCUGGCUGAAGAUAUCGCGAGACUCAUGGCAAUGAUUCCACAAGAAGAAGUGUCUACGACGAGUGAAACUCUUAUCAAAGGCGGUGCUUUCGAAGGCGUCGAAGACCAGAUCAGUCCAUUCGGUUACAACCGAGGAGAGGGUGUUGACGCUGGUGCCGGUGAACCCGAAUGGAUCGUCAACAAAGAGAGAUACAAGUGGGAUUCGUUAUUCGAUUCGCUCGGGCCCUCCGAUGGAAAAAUCACCGGUGCAGCCGCAAAAUCUGAAAUGCUCAAGUCCAAAUUGCCGAAAAUGGUACUCGGAAAGAUUUGGAAGUUGUCAGACAUCGACAAAGACGGUCUCCUUGACGCGGACGAAUUUGCCCUGGCGAUGCAUUUGAUAAACGUCAAAUUGGAAGGUUACGAAUUACCAGCCGAACUCCCGGAUCACUUAGUACCGCCAACGAAGAGAAACAUCUGAGCUACGUAAAUAGAAAUAAUUCGUUUCGAAAAAAAAUUGAAUUUUAUUGUUUAAACAACCCAAGGCUUGCAAAAUUUUAGUAAUUGUCAAUGGCAAAACAAAAAUGAAAAAAAAAAAAGAAAAAACAUAAAACAAAGUACGACUGCACUGAGCAUCAUAUAAUUUUAGGAUAUUAAUUUAUUGAAUGAGAACGUAUUUUUUGUCCUGAAUAAAGUCCACCAUGACUAUGAUUUAUAGGUUUGAAAAUGAACGAGCAAAGUAAACGAAAAAAAUAACCAUUUUACUGCUGACAAGUGCAAUUUUUAAGGAAAUUAUUUUUUCAAUGUUUUAGUGAGUGUCAUUAAUUUGCCCAAAAUAAUAGUCCCAGAAACUUUGCUCGUUUUAUUUUAAAGGACAAUCGUGUUUUGUUCAAGCACCGCUUUUCUCAGCGGAGCUGUGAAUGCUUUUGUAUAUUUUUCAUCAAUCGUCGAUGUGUAAAUGCGCCUAAAUAUCGUGUACAGUUUUAUAGGAUGUGCAAUAUAGAUUAAAACUCAUAAUUUAUUUUUUGUUGUCCUCAUUCAGAAAAUUCAUCAAUUAUGCUUUCGGAUAAAACUGCGAAAAUAGAUUGCCCCUCGAUUGCACACGUUCCAAAUUCCCCGGUACACGAUAACAUUUUUUUCAUCAAAUUUUCAUCUGAUUUCUGCAACAAAUAUAUCAAAAAAACAAAAUUUUUCAUCAUCGGGAUUAGAAACGCGAAAAGAAGAAGGCGAUUAAAUCUGUCGUCCUCAUCCAUAAACAGUGAUCCAUUCCCAUUGUGAGUCUAUGUAAGUCACGAUUUUUCUACGAAAUUGUAGAUAGCUAGAAUGAAAACUAGGAAAAUGAAGGGAAGUGGGUGUUUUCAUUGGAAAUACUCCGUGCAUCGACGUGGAAAGGAAUUGGUCGAGAACGAAAAUCACAAAAGAAAUGCAUAAUCAAUAACGAAAUUAGAAAAUUAAUGUUUAUUUGACGGUUCUGCGUGUGUGUGUGUGUGUAUGGAUUACAACCGUCAUUUAUUCACGGGUCCCGAACGAUGUGCCGAACGAUUCUCAUUUAGCACUCAUUUUUUUUUCUAGCGCACUGCCUUCGUACGGCACAAUUAUAUGUGAUAUACGAAAUUGUGUAUUUAUAAAAAAUGAUUCGGGUUCAAUGAUCGAUAUUGUAAAUUUACUUUUAAGCCCAAUAAAUUAUGUAGUAACUCUUAAAGAUAAAACUUUAAUGAGUAAUAAUUGGGGAAGAGAGGAUUUUGAUGAAAAAACUUAUUGAAAUUUUAGUCUUGAACUUGUUCUACAUUAUUGUCCAUUCAACCUACAUUUUGUAUGUAUACUUAUACUCUGAAAGAAGAGGGCUGGCGUUCGCUUCAAUUUAUAGCAAUAAAAAAAUGAACGAACUGUCUUGAGAAUCGGUUCGUCAAUUUGAUAACGAAUGUGUAAAAAAAAGUAAAUAUAUCUACGAUACAUGAGAAUCGUGCACGGACACAAUCCGCGGUCGGCAGAGGACCGUCAAAUUUUGUAAAACCAAAUUUUUUGACCAAAAUUUACACGAUUUUUUAACGUCACAACAAAAUUGCAUCGAAGACCAUAAUUUUGUUCUUCUCUAAUGUGUCGAAUAAAUAUUAAAACGAUGUUACUUAUUAACAGUUCACUUUUGUCGACGAGAUUAAUAAGAGAAAUAACUAAACCGAUUGAAAAACAAAUCACACGCCGAAAAAUGUGUCGAUCGCCCGCCACAUUCACAGCAUCGAUUAUUGCAAGGUGAUCUAUCAGUCUCGCGAUCGGAAUAAAUCUUGCUUCACAUUUUUCUUCUAUGCAGCUUGAUUCUUGAGAAAAAUAAGAGAAACGCAUUAUUCUUCAUUCAUGAAAGAACGAAUCGUGAUCCCUCCUCACUUUUCUCGAAGUAUCAAACGCCUUCAAAAAAACCGUGUUUCGUUCAUCUGCUUCUCAGUUAUCUCACACUCACGCAUAUCGUUACAGACUAAUAGAUCGCCUUAUCACACAGCGCAACAAAUUAUUUCGAUGAUAUGUAUAUUUUUCAGGAUUUUACGAAAAAGAGGUAUGAAUUAUGUAAACGUGUAUAGGUUUAUUAAAAUAUAUAAAAAUAUAUUCAUGUAUAUAUGAAUAUUCACGCCUGAAUGCGGAAAAUGUAUCAAAUAAAUGUGUAUUUUGAGAAAAAAAA